UUUUCCCACAUGCUGAGCAGAGGGAGUGCUUCGGUCAUUUGUGGAUGAAUUUGAUCAAAAAAUUUAGAGGAGAAGAAUUUGGGCGCAUGUGGCCAGCAGCAAGAUCUUACACUAGACAGACACACAAAUAUCAUCUUGAUAAGAUAAUGGCAGCAUGUGAUGAGUUUGGUCCAUAGCUGAACACCUACCAUUCUUUGUUAUGGUACAGGUCAGCAUUCAACACUGCCAUCAAGUGUGACCACAUCAACAACAAUUUGGCAGAGAGUUUCAACAACAAGGUGAAGGAGUUAAAAGAUUUGCCUGUGCAUGACAUGGUUGACCAAAUCAGGAUCAUGCUCAUGCGGUUGUGGGAAUUGAGAAGAAGGAUAGGUGAUUGUCUGCAAGGUGAUAAGCUUCCAGCAGUGGUACAACAGGUGGUCAAUAGGAGCAGAUGUCUUUCACAUUUGUUUGUUGAAAAAUCUUCACCUUGGGGUGCUGAAGUGAAGAUAACAAAACUGGAAGGAGACAUGUUGUUAACACUGAAUUGCAUGAUUGCACUUGCCUCGAGUGGCAACACACUGGUAAACCAUGUGAGCAUGCCAUUCUCUUCUUAGCAUCCCAACCGAAGAUAAACAUGCACCCAUAUUUGCAUGAAUAUUAUUCGGUAGCAAGAUUCAAAGCUGCAUAUGCUACUCCAAUUCCAGCACUUACAGAUCAGUCUCAGUGGCCUGAAGUGGACAUUGAAUUUUCCAUGUGUCCUCCCUUGACGAAAAGAAAGGCUGGCAGGCCUAAACAGAGUAGAUUCAAGGCAUGGUUUGAGAAAGGUGGGAGUAGUAAGAAGGGAAAGGAAGAUGGAAAGCCAAAAGGGCUAAAAAAGGUAACAAAAACAGAUGCAAGUUGUGCCAGGAACUUGGGCACAGAGUGGGAUCUGUCAAAUGCCGUUACACUCCUGAUAAGCCAAAGAGGAAGCGAGCAAGUCAGCCCCUUGUUGUUGAACAGUGUUGGCCAACAAAAAAAGCAAGAGUCAAUGGCGGUAGAAAGAAGAGAAGUGUGCCUGAGCCUGAGCAGACUGAAGAAAAUCUUGCUGCAGUCAACAUUCAGACUGAAAAAACUGCUCUCGAGGUUGAAACUGAACCUGAGCGUUUCGAGGUUCAGACUGAAGAAACCCAUGUUGAGGUACACACCGAAGAAACUGAAACUGCUGUCAACAUUGAGACUGAAGACACUGAUCACGAGGGUGUUGGCGAGGUGUUGAAAAGACCAGUGAAGAAAACCAAGAUGAUCAGUGAACUUGUGUGUGUAGUAGAACCAAAAACAAGAAGUGCUAAGGCGAAGAAGGGCACGCGACGUGGUAGGAAGAGGUAGAACAGAGAACAGUUUGAAAAUUUGGGGCAUGUAAUAAUAUUUGUAACUUGGUGCGUACUGGUAGUAACUAUGUAUCCCCGUAUUUCUAUUCGAACUUGUUUGUUGGUACCUUGCCUAAACCAGCCAAAUAAAAUUCAAAUUUAAAUUCAAAUUUGGGCUCAAAUUUGAAUUAGGGAUGGGGUAUUGAUGUUUUAAUGCUAUCUAAAGUACCUCAACUGAAAUAUGUUUGCUUGCUGAUCAUUCCGAGCCAUUUUGGUAAGUUGAACUCAUAGUCAUGAAAAGUGUGUCUCAAAUGACCUCCAAAGGUAGGAUAAACGGCCUCAUAUUUAAGCAAGUUUUUUUGGCACCUUGUCUAAACCAGCCAAAUAA